AUGAAGCUCACACCAGAGCUCCUCUCACGGAGCAGCUCUUCCAUCAACACACUCCGAGAUCGAGAGCUCGACCUUCGUGGACUCAAGAUCCCGGCCAUCGAGAACCUCGGCGUGACUCGCGAUCAGAACGACACAUUAGACUUGACCGACAAUGACAUCCGCUAUCUUGGCAACUUCCCACUCUUGCGACAGCUCAAAACCCUGCAGUUGGCCAACAACUUGAUAUCGCGCAUUGACCCUCGCAUAGGCUUCUCGCUGCCAGCGUUGCAUUCGUUGAAUUUGACCAACAACUCGAUAUCCGAACUGUCGGAGCUAGUACACCUGACCAAGUGCAGUCGAUUGGAGUAUCUGUGUUUGAUGGGGACACCAGCGAGCAGGGAGAAGCAUUACCGAGAGUUUGUAAUCUGGAAGUUGCCUCAGGUGCGAGUAUUGGACUACCAGAGGAUAAAGGAUAAGGAAAGAGCGUUGGCAAAAGAAUUGAUGGAAACAGAGGAUGCGAGACCGUCAGCGUUGGCAGCGAGUAUCCUCAAAAAGUCGGAUGCGAUGGAUGUAGAAGGAGAUGUGGUCGUGGGCAAGCAAAAGACAUUCGAGCCAGGCAGGCUCAACGGAUCAUCAAGACGGUUGCUGACAGCGGAAGAGCGCAAGGCUAUCGAGGAUGCCAUCGAGAACAGCGAGAGCUUGGAAGAGAUCCGCAAGCUCGAAGAACAGCUCAAGAUGGGUCACACCUUCGCAUCCUAA